GUUGGAUGUUUUGUUAACACAGAUAGCAAACUUUAGCGUCUACAACCAGCUGCCAGCUUAUGUUAAUGUUAUUUAUUAAAUGGCCUAAAUGUGGAAAAUGAUUGCUUUCAUUGUACAUAAUUUGACCUCUUUAGCGUAAUAAUCAUUUUUUUACACUUGAACUUAUGAAAGAGGGAAGGAACUUCCCAGCAGUUGGUUUGAGAGAUCGGAGCAUUCAGCACGUCGAUCAGCCUUGACUGAACUCUGUGUGUCAGAGUCUGAGGAUGAAGAUCGCCGUGCUGGGAGCCACUGGACAGACCGGACAGUAUCUGAUCAACCAGGCGCUGCAGCAGGGCCACAUGGUCACCGCCAUCGUCAGGAACCCGGGAAAACUCACUGUGCAUCAUGAUAAUCUCAAGGUGGUGGAAGCUGAUAUUUUCUCACAAGACAAUCUGAAGACUCAUUUCAAAGGACAGGAUGUGAUCAUGUCCUGCCUCGGCUUCCCAGCCUCCAUCUUCUCAGGGGUGACGGGCUACACCCAGUCCAUGAACGCUAUGAUCAGCGCCAUGCGAGAGGCCCGGGUCAACAGGAUCAUCACAAUGACCUCCUGGUACACGGAACCUAACUCUGGAGCGCAGUCAUCUUACCUCAUCCGGUUCCUCCUGCUGCCGAUGAUCCGAAGCGUCCUCACCAAUAUGCACGAGAUGGAGCAGUUUCUGCACAAGACUGAGGACAUCAACUGGACGGUGGUUCGCCCACCUGGUCUCAAGAACCUGCCGGCCUCAGCUCAUGAGUUUCUGACCCAUGAAGGAUAUUUUGUGCCCGACAGCAGUGGUAACCCCGCAGGCAGCGCAGUGGGGAGAGGAGACGUGGCUCGCUUCAUGCUUUCUCUGCUCAACAGCAACGCAUGGGUCAAGAAGGGAGUCGCCAUCACUACCAAAUGAGAAAGAAGAAGCCUUAAGAGUCAAUUCGCACAAAGUACAAAGACAUAUUUGACCUCACCUUUGAGAUUUCUGCCUCCACACCAAUAAAAAAAAGAGAUAAAUGUUCUGGA